GCAUUCUCUAGGUUUAAUCCCCAGUACUAGGGGCAAAAAAAGGAAGUGUGUGGGUUGGGAGGCACCCACUCUCACCUUUUAUUGAAGCCCAGUCCCUCAGCUGUCAUGAACUGGCAGUGCCCAUCAGUCGGUCCCUCAAACUUGUGGUGCAUAAGGAAUUUUUAAUCUAACAGCCAGAUCCGAGUUCCUGAUACACAGACCCUAGGCCACAUCAGCUGGAUGCACAGACUCGCCCUGGAAGCUCAUCAGUGUAGAUUCCUGGUAACUCAGGGCCAGGCUGAUCUAUAGGUAGGUGCUGGUACUAGCCCUUAAAAUGUGUCAGGACCCUAAUCCCUCGGAUCUGAAUGUUACCUAAAGUGGCAAGGAAGGCUGACAAUCAGAUGACUGAAACUGGGAGCCUGUCUUGGGUCGUCUGCGUGAGCCUAAAGUAAUGAGGGGUCUAGUGACUAAAGGGAAUAAUCCAUUUCCUGGCUACCUGCGGCUUGUUUUGUGACCCUUUUUCUAUCUUCAAAGACUCAGCAGUGGGCUGGGUCCUCUGAUGUUUUCCUACAUUCAUUGAUUUGAGACAAGGUCUCACUGUGUAGUACAGCCCUGGCCGCCUACGGGAUCGCUGGUAGACUCCACUUGGAUUUGUAUCCUGUUGCUACUGUGACAAACUACCACAAAGUGAAUGGCUUAGUAAAAAUUUACGAUCUUAAUAGCGCCUAAUAAGGGCAGAAGUCUGAUAACUUUGUUCUUAUCCCAGGGGGCCCUGUGACCCAAAGAUCUGUAACCUCUCUGUGUGGGGCCCACCUGCGGCCAGGUGUGGGGUCCGCAGACCACCACCCUCCCCUCACAGGCAGCGAAGGAUCUAAGCCCAGACUCUAACCGUAACCACGCGGAAAAACCCCAUCAACACUAUCCUACCGGUCAGAAACUACAGGGAACCAGAGUUUGGGCGGUACUGAGCGCUGCGCAGCCGCAGACCGCCCACCGCCACCGGUACGCCGGAAGUGUACGUGCCAGCACUUCCGGCGAGUGCGGGUUUCUCCGAAGCUGAUUGGUCGACGCCCCAACGUCUCCCGUGUUUCUGGCUGCGCGUGCUCGCUGUCAGUGCGGAACCAUGGCGGACCUGGAGAGUCUGGGAUUCGAACACAUGGGCCUGGAUCCCCGGCUUUUGCAGGCCGUCGCCGACUUGGGCUGGUCGCGGCCCACGCUGAUCCAGGAGAAAGCCAUUCCGCUGGCGCUGGAAGGCAAGGACCUGCUGGCUCGGGCGCGCACGGGCUCUGGGAAGACGGCCGCGUACGCGAUCCCGAUGCUGCAGCUGCUGCUCCACCGGAAGGCGACAGGUCCUGUGGUGGAACAGGCUGUGAGAGCCCUGGUACUUGUUCCUACCAAGGAGCUGGCGCGGCAGGCCCAGUCCAUGAUUCAGCAGCUGGCUGCCUACUGUGCUCGAGAUGUGCGGGUGGCCAAUGUCUCAGCUGCUGAAGACUCAGCCUCACAGAGAGCUAUGCUGAUGGAGAAGCCAGAUGUGGUCGUGGGGACCCCAUCCCGCAUAUUAAACCACUUGCAGCAGGACAACCUGAAACUGCGUGACUCCCUGGAGCUCCUGGUGGUGGAUGAAGCUGACCUUCUGUUUUCCUUCGGUUUUGAGGAAGAACUCAAGAGUCUGCUCUGUCACUUGCCCCGGAUUUACCAGGCUUUCCUUAUGUCAGCUACUUUUAACGAAGACGUGCAGGCGCUCAAGGAGCUGGUGCUGCAUAACCCGGUUACGCUCAAGUUACAGGAGUCCCAGCUGCCAGGGCCAGACCAGUUACAGCAGUUUCAAGUGGUCUGUGAGACUGAGGAAGACAAGUUCCUGCUGCUCUAUGCCCUGCUCAAGUUGUCGUUGAUUCGGGGCAAGUCCUUGCUCUUUGUCAACACCCUGGAGCGGAGUUACCGGCUCCGCCUCUUCCUGGAGCAGUUCAGCAUCCCGACCUGCGUGCUCAAUGGUGAGCUCCCUCUUCGCUCCAGGUGCCAUAUCAUCUCUCAGUUCAACCAAGGCUUCUAUGACUGUGUCAUAGCAACGGAUGCUGAAGUUCUCGGGGCCCCAGCCAAGGGCAAGCAGCGGGGCCGAAGGGCCAAAGGAGACAAGGCCUCUGACCCUGAGGCCGGUGUGGCCCGGGGCAUAGACUUCCACCAUGUGUCCGCUAUUCUCAACUUUGACCUCCCCCCGACCCCCGAGGCCUACAUCCACCGGGCCGGCAGGACAGCACGUGCCAACAACCCUGGCAUAGUGUUGAGCUUUGUGCUUCCCGCGGAGCAGUCGCAGCUGGGCAAGAUCGAGCAGUUUCUCAGUGACGAGGGUGAGGCCCCUGCCCUGCUUCCCUACCAGUUCCACAUGGAGGAGAUCGAGGGCUUCCGCUAUCGCUGCAAGGACGCCAUGCGCUCGGUGACGAAGCAGGCCAUCCGGGAGGCGCGGCUGAAGGAGAUCAAAGAGGAGCUCCUGCACUCGGAGAAGCUCAAGACAUACUUCGAGGAUAACCCCCGGGACCUGCAGCUGCUGCGGCACGACCUGCCUCUGCACCCCGCGGUGGUGAAGCCACACCUGGGCCACGUCCCUGACUACCUGGUCCCUCCGGCGCUCCGUGGCCUUGUGCGUACCCACAGGAAGCGGAAGAAGCUGUCCUCUGGCAGGAAGGCUAAGAAGACGAAGACCCAGAACCCGCUGCGCAGCUUCAAGCACAGCGGGAAGAAACCCAGACCCGCAGCAUCGCCAUCCUGAGGCCACCAGGCCGCCGUGUGGGGAGUGAGCUCCCAGCAGGACUCAGCGGCUCAGCGCCCUGCACGCCACACACCCAGCGCUCCGUGCUGGACACACGGACUUGGGGGACUGGGCUGGCACUGCCAGGCUGCUGCCUUUCCCCCUGAGGUUCCAGCUGGGCACAGUGGCCCCUGCCUGUGGUCCCAGCUACUUCGGAGACUGGUGGAGGAGGACUGUGAACUUGAAGCCAGCCUGAGCAACUUUUAAAUCCUGUCUCAAAGUUAAAAGGAAAAAGGGCUGGGGAUGUAGCUAAGUGCAGAGGCUCAGGGUUCCUUCCCCAGUACUGCAAAAACAAACCACACAGAAUAAACCUCUUCCACCCCAGA